AUGCACAUUUUUGUUUUCCUUGACAUUCCAGCACCUAUGGGGACGGACCUCUAUUAUUUAUUCGAUAAUGGUCCUUCACCAAGAUUACCAAUUCAAUUCAUGGACUUAUUUAGCAGCCAUUGGAGUAUCCUCGCUUCCUGGAACGGGUUGGUAGUGGUUGAAUUUGAGAUAGUGGACGUAAAACCACCAACACCGUGCUUAUGCAACCCCGUCACCGGUUCAUGGGCUCUCCUAAGAUCUCCCAUGGAAGAGUACAACAAUCCUGAUGAACUUGAAAUGCAUAUCGUCAUUGUUCCAUCUGACACACAUGGAAACGAUUACAAAUUGAUAUGCAUUGCCGGAGUUGAAGAUCGAUGGGGUCCACCAUAUGCGAUGAAGGAAUAUAACCUUAUUGAAAAAAGCUGGCAAGAUAUGGAAAAUAACAUUUCCUUCGGGGCUAGGCAGAUGGGUCUUGACCACGGGGUAGUUGUUAAUGAUAGUUUGUACAUGAUGUCUGAUAAUUUCGAUUACGGCGAGGGACAGGUUUGGUCGCAGUCUCCACUGUCGUACAUAGUGCAAUACUCCCGCGUGGAAAAAAAUUGUAAGAUUCUACCUCUUCCUGUUGAGGCUGUUCAUGAUCCUUUUCAUGGUGCAUACAGGGUCUUCAAAUGGGGUAGCCGAUUGACAUCAACCGAGUCUCUGUGUCUAGUUCGAUAUAUCAGAUUGACCUUUACUUUAUGGACUUCUGAAGAUGGUGCGCCCGACUCUUGGGACAUUAUUCAUCGCAUUAACGUAGGAGAUAUGAGGAUAACCAACGCACUCGAAGUAGAAGAUGAAGACAAUCUAUUUUUAAAAAGCAAGAAAAUGAUGAUCUAA